GAGAGAGACUGCGGCUCUCACACGAGAGAGGCAUGUCGUUGCUGGAAGCGCCGCCGCCAGUGGCGGAGACCGCUCUGGUCGUGUCAAGGGGCUCCCCCCCACAAGAAGAGCUCCCAGUCGACUUGAUGCAGCUGCCGUCGAUUCCUCUUCAAAAGUCGCUGCUGUUACUGACCAACUUCUGCACCAACACGGUGCGCUUCAUCAACCACUUUUCCAGUCUCUGCGAAGAACGACUCGCCACGACGUCCAAGAACCUCACAAGGCUCGAGAUCUCACUCGCGAUUUUGGAAGCCAAGCUCAACAGCAUUCCCGACUUGGCGAUCUCGACGACCCCAGCCGAUCUCCCACGUGAUCUCAACUUGCCUCCAACAGAUGCCGCCCCAGCGCCUCCACCGCCACCUCCCCCUGGACCUGCUCCGGACGCAACGUCCAUUUCCGGCAGCCCACCCCCGCCACCUCCACCACCUCCAUCUAGUUCGUUGGACAGUCCACCACCGCCGCCACCAUCUCCACCUGCAGCCCCUGAAGUUUCACUGCUCAAGCUCAAAGACGAUCCCAUGUACGCAACGUACUUUACCAUGCAGCGACUGCGAAUGCCCAUGGGAGCCAUCCGUCAAAAGAUGCUCAUGGAUGGAUUGGAUCCCGAUAUCUUGAGCAUGGACCCAGAGGGCCCGUCUCCGUCCGCUACGAGUCUGGUUGUCUCGGCGUCCGACGUGCCGCCAUCCGACGAGCACUCGACAGCGUUAACGCUUGUACCUGUCGCCCCGGAAGGAUCAAGUCAACCGCCACCACCUCCUCCUCCUCCUUCCACAGGCCUCCCGCCCGUUCUACCUGUCCCGGACCCGAGAACCGACAUGCCGCCACCGCCUCCAACCACCGACCCAGCCGUCUCUCCAGCUGCUCCCCCUGCAGCGGCCCCACCGACCUUUGUAAAGCUCAAGGACGACCCCAUGUUUGAAAAGUACUUCAAAAUGCAAAAACUCGGCAUGCCGGAAGCCGUGAUUCGCCACAAACUCGCCAUGGACGGCGUCACCGUCGACAUUUUCAGCAUGGACCCCGACGGUCCGUCACCAAAUCGAGACGCCGCCGCCGCCGACGACGACGACUUUUAGCGUCGACAUCGUGUGGCGCAACCGAACACGUUGAAUUGAUCGCACUGCUUGUUAAAAUAAUAAUCGCUUCCCAUCUACACGGCG